AUGGCAAACAGACGUGCUGGUUUCUUCAGCAAGCCUAAUGCCAUUCCCCAAAACGUAGAUGCUAUGAUCCUCUCUUAUGACGUCUACUUUGAGAACUUCGGCUGGAAUAAGGGCGGGAAACUGCCUGGUCUCUAUGGUGGCGAAGAUGGCGAAGGUGCUUACAAGUGCUCGGGCGGUUCAAACCCCUCCACUUGCUUCUCUCUCAGACUUAUGUGGCGCGAACACGGAGCCGGUGAGAUCUAUGCUUACAUCCCGAAAAACCAGGAAAGUGGAUUUGAACAACGUCCUGACGUUGUUUACAACCCAGUUUAUGGACAGUCUUUGGGCAGAGGAAAAACCCAUUGGAUGAAUAACAAGUGGCACUCUGUCACAGAGGAAGUUCACCUGAACACUGUUGGAAAAGCCAACGGCUGGGUCAAGAUGUGCAUCAAGGCCGAGGGUCAUUCCCAGCAAUGUUACACCGCCAAUCACCUGGUCAUGCGCAACAACCACAACAUUCACCUCAGAGGUAUGAUGUUCUCCACCUUCUUCGGAGGCGGUGACCCCUCCUGGGCUGCACCCAAUGACUGUUCCACUUACUACAAGAACUUCAAGAUCUCCGUCCCAGACCAUGCUGUGGUUGGUUAAACUGAAAGUGGCAAGGAAGUCGAAAUCCCCACGUCGUUUUAGGGUGACCAAAACCGCGGUGUCUUCUCUAUUGCAAAUGUCACAGCAAGGAAUUAUGUUAAGCUGAAUCUAAGAAAAUUAAAUCUUAAUUUCUUUUUCCAUAGGAAACCAAAAAUG